AUGACCACUGAAAUGUCUGAACGGGCAAACAAGUUCAAAAAUCCGGUACUGUUUUUGGGGGCCAAUGAGUCCGACUAUAAUACUAUUGCUUGGAAUUUGAUGAUCGAGAAUAUGGGCGAAAAAAUAAGUAGCCAACCGAUCGUAGAUCCACAGUCACCGCAGCAAAAAUAUUUGGUUGGAUUUGAACGCCGAUGCUUUUUGGAAGUACCCGAAGGCGGUUAUAUUGUCGGAGUCGAAGACUGGCCGGACGGUAUCAGAGAGAUUGAGUACCGACACCGAUACGAACAGUUGCAUCGGGCAAUUGUCAAACAUCAGAUGCCCGAACGGAACCGAUACACUGGUCCUCACUCGUAUGAGUUACCGCCCGAAGUGAAGUGGCUAAACAAAAUUAUAUUGAAUAUCAAUACGGAUAUAAUUACAAUCGUAGAUCGACUGACAGGUCAACCUAUACAUCAUCCCGAUAGAUACGAACGGGACAUCCAUAUCGAUAUUGUUGACAAUACACCACAGAUUAGACAGGCCUACAGUGAACUGAUUGGGCAACGGUUCGUUGAAAGUGGACACUCUAUUCGGCCAAAAGAAUUCAAUUUUAGCCGAUUUUCGGGACUACCACUGGAUCCGUUGAAUCCGGCCUUCGACACAAUUAUCGAAAUGUUCAAAAUAUCGCCGCCAGCCUAUCCGCCCGUCAAGAUUCAGACCAAUCAAUCGGGCGAUCAGUAUCGGCUGUUUUAUUUGCCACAGUCGAUACGUUUCAAACGACAACUAUACGAUAAUACCGGCGCUGUCACCGUCGGCCAAGAUAUUAUCGAUUUGAAUCUGUUGACUGUCUUCAACAAAUAUCACAUCCAUCCGAUUACCUAUAAAACUGUUUACAACGAUACGGCUAUAUAUCCGACCCCAGCCGACGACCAUAAUUUUAAACAAUUUAAACUAAUAUUAAACAAUUGUAAAUUUAAAUUCCCGGAAUACGAUUGGUGGUGGCGUUACCCGAAUCCCUAUCUCGACAAACAUCGACUUACGAAUGUCGAAAACAUACGGCUAGGAGUUGAUGGACACUUCUACGAGAAAUCAGGGAGCCGAUCUAUGUUAUUUUAGCCGAAAUCAGGCCA